AAACGUUGGGAGGCAACCGAGGAGCGAGACAAAAUGUCAAAAUCACUAAAUAGGGCAAGGCUCGAUGUUGAAGAAGAAAAAAGAGUAAGAAGAACGGUGGAAGAUCGUCAGCGAGAAUCCGAACGAGCGGCAGCUGAAGCUGCAGAAGCUCUUCGGAGAGCAGAGGAAGCAAGGCUCGCGACAGAGCGUCGGUGGUUUGAAGGAGUUCGCCCCGAGUGCCUUCCGUCAGAGGCGGAUAUUGCUCGGGUGAGGGCCGAGUAUCGUUACAGCCCGGGCUUCUUCCACCUCGCGGUCGUUGGCUCUUCUGGAGGCGGAAAGUCAUCCUUUAUUAAUGCCGUCCGGGGCCUGUCCAACAAUGACCCCAUCGCUGCUCCUGUGGAGGUUGUCGAAACUACCGAUGCGGUCACGAGAUACACUGAUCCACGCCCAGGCUCCCAGAUCUUUUGGUACGACGUUCCCGGUGCGGGCACUCAGAAUGUGCCUGACUGGCAGUACUUCAAUAAUUUAGGCCUCUACAUCUUCGAUUGCAUCAUUGUGCUAAUCGACAAUCGUUUCUUGGACUCCGACCUCGCCAUUCUCCGGGCCUGUGAGCAGUUUCAC